AAAACAAUGCACCUGAAGCAGCUCUUCUUUCUCGGAAGCCUCACACUCGCGUCCCCGUCCCCCACAAUCGACCUCGGAUACGCGAAAUACCGCGGCGCCGUCGACCCGCACACGAACAUCACGUCCUUCUUGGGCGUGCGGUACGCUGCGGCGCCGACCGGUGCUGCCCGGUUCCGCGCGCCGAGACCGCCGGAGACGGCCCGCGGCGUGCAGGAUGCGACAAAGCAGCCCGCACAGUGCUGGCAGGUCGACACCGUCGGGACGCUGACGACGAAUCCCCUGCGUGGCGUGCCCAUGGCGCGGGCCGAGCAACAACAUGUGAUACGACAGCGCGAAGUGAGCAACGUGUCGAGCGAGGACUGUCUCUUCCUCAGCGUGUACUACCCAGGCCGGGACACGCCGCCACGCGCCGGCCCGCUGCCGGUCGUCGUCUGGAUCCACGGCGGCGGGUACUACCUCGGGUCAUCGAGCCAGUUCCGCGGGAGCGACCUAAUAAAGGCGGCGGGCGAGGACAUCGUCGUCGUCAUCAUCCAGUAUCGCCUCGCGCUCUUUGGCUUCCUCGCGGGCAGGGAAGUCGGCGCCGGGGGCGACCUGAAUGCCGGGCUGCUCGACCAGCAGUUUGCGCUGCGCUGGGUGCAGAAACACAUAUCGAAAUUUGGCGGCGACCCGGCACGGGUGACGAUAUUCGGCGAAUCUGCGGGCGGCGGCUCGGUCGUGCAACAUAUCGUCGCCGACGGAGGCAACACGAGCCCGCCGUUGUUCAACGCCGCUAUUUCCAGCUCGCCCUUCAUGAUCUCGCAGUAUAGAUACAAUGAGCGAGUUCCACAGUCUGUGUAUAAUGCCGUCGUCGCACGAACAGGAUGUGCUAUGGCUAAAGAUUCAUUGGGUUGCCUGCGCGAGCUUCCAGCGGAAGCACUUCAAGAGGCCAAUGUCUAUCUCAGUGCCAACACCUUCCUCGGCACCUACGCCUUUACCCCGGUCACUGGCGGCUCUCUGAUCCGCGAAAAUCCCAUGGCGGCAUUGAAGAACGGUCGCAUCAACGGGCGCUCGACGCUGGUGUUGGCAAACUCGCACGAAGGGCGGAUCUUCGUUAACACCAGCCUGCCCGUCGCAAGAAGCGUCUCCGCGUAUGCGCUCGAGCUGUACCCGAAUUUGCCUGGGGAGUACAUCCCCCAGAUGGAGGAGGUUUAUCGCGACGUUGGGUCGACGGCGGACAAGAUCAUAGCGCUCUACGGGGAUACGGUCUUCGACUGCCCAGCCUACGCUCUCCUGAACGCCGUCUCCCAAGCGGCCAACACCAAAAAUGCCACAUCCGCGGCGUACAAAGCCGCCCUCGCGAUCCCCCCGGCGAACCACGGCGGCGACCUGCAGUACUACUUCCCGUCGCUCGCGAUCGACGUGCCCGUGCUGGCCUACCCCGAGUUCUUCGCCGACGCGCGCUUCGUGCACGCGCUCGCGGGCGCGCUGCUCGCGUUUGCGGCGCGCGGCGACCCGAAUGACGUCACCGACACGAUCGCGCCGCGGUGGGCGCCGUGGGGCGCGGGAAGGACGGAGAUGGUGUUUAACCGCGACGGCGGGAAGCCGGACGUGCGGCCAGGCAGGACUGAUGGGCGCGUGUUGGAGCGGUGUCGGUUUUGGGAUGGGAUUGGGGAGUUUAUCGGACACUGA